AUGCAGGACAAGAAGGGUCAAGGUGAGUAUUAUCUGCUAUACGAAUGUGAUGAGGCUAAACCAGUCUGCCGUAAAUGCGAACGCAUCGGCAAGCCCUGCAUCUACGACCGUCCGGGUGACGAUGAGGCGAGGGAUGCAGGCCAAGGGAGUAGCGAGUGCAAAGAGCCUGCAGAGACGAGGGAACGGCGAAUACUGGAGCUGGAGCUGAUGCAUCAUUACAUUACCGAGACCGGCCCAUCCAUUGCCUUCGAUAAAGAGUCCUCCAGCGACUUGUUCGUCAAGGCCAUACCGCGCAUGGCGUUUCAGUCGGACGCGCUGCUCUACGGCAUCUACGCCAUCACCACUCUCCACCAGGCAAAGACAGCGUUACCAUCAUCCUCCACGCUUGAUCAUCACCAGCAAUAUUUGCAGCUUGCAUUCCACUACCACCACAAGGAGCUAGGCUCUUUCUCAAGCGAGAACGCCGAUGUGAUCCUCCUGACUACUCACAUCAUGCGGAUCAUCGCCUCCGUGAUGCUUUCGGAACGAAGCCUAGUGCCUUACACUCCUCCCUCGGAAUGGCUCAAGAUAGCAAGUAGCAAUGCCCAAAUAUUCCGUGCUGCCUGGGAGAUGGUUGGAAAUGACUCGUCGACUCAACUGGCGAAAUUGAUGCAUUCAACGCCCCUAGCAUGGGACAAGAACAAGCACCAGCGUGAGGGGCUCGGCCAGCGCCAGCGUCUUCAGCAUAUCUUGAUCGCCCAGAACAACGAAGAGAGUGAUGCCGAUGACCCGGACUGUUGGGACAUCGGGGUACGGGAAGCCUACGAGUCGGCCGCGGGCUAUAUCGGUGGCUUACUGCAGGCAAUGCAAACGUGCGAGGAGCCAUCUGGUCAGAUCAAGCGGCGGAUAAUGGUCUUUCCCUUACUCGUCGAUACACGAUUUAUCGACCUUGUAACCGAAGGUCGACCACGAGCUUUAGUUAUCAUGGCUCACUACUUCGCGCUUGUUGUGGCGUUGGAAUCCUCCUGGUUUAUUGGCGAUACCGGUGCGCGGGAGGUUAAAGCUAUAGCCUCCCAUCUACCGACUUGGUGGCAGGGCUUCAUGGAUCUACCCAUGCGCGCCAUUAACGGGGAUUUCACAUACAAAUCUUGA